AGAGAAGAGUAUCGAGCUGCGAUGGACGGCGGCGGCGGCGGGAGGAGGGAGGUGGUAGCGGGGGAGCUGGAGAGGCUGCGGGCGGAGAGGCAGGAGCUAGACAUCCGCAUACGGCUGCUGGAGUCGGAGCUCGAGGCCGGCUCCGCGGCUCCUGCUUCUCCCGCGGGAGAGGACGCGGCGGCAGGGGUAGAAGACGGUCUGUGCGGCGGCGGCAGCGGCGGUGCGUGCCAGACCCGCCGUGAAUUUGUGGAGUCCGGUGCACUCCCAGCCGAUAUGAUCUACCGGUACAGCCGCCACCUCCUGCUCCCCGACUUCGGAGUCGAAGGCCAGAGGAAGCUCUCCCGGUCUUCGGUUUUGGUGGUCGGCGCCGGAGGAUUGGGCUCGCCCGUGGCAUUGUAUCUAGCAGCUUGUGGUGUUGGGGUCUUGGGCAUUGUUGAUGGUGAUGAUGUUGAACUUAACAACCUUCAUCGACAGAUAAUCCACAAAGAAGCAUAUGUUGGACGAUCGAAAGUGAAGUCAGCAGCUGAUGCUUGCCGUGCGAUUAAUUCGUCUAUUAAGUUGGUAGAACAUCAUCAUACUUUGAAGCCAAGCAACGCGUUGGAGAUUGUGAGAAAAUAUGACAUAGUUGUUGAUGCAACCGACAACCUUCCUACUCGUUACAUGAUCAGUGAUUGUUGUGUAUUGCUGAACAAGCCUCUUAUAUCUGGUGCAGCAUUAGGUUUGGAAGGGCAGCUGACUGUUUAUCAUCAUAACGGAAGUCCAUGCUAUCGAUGUCUUUUCCCAAAUCCACCACCUGUGGCUGCUUGCCAGAGAUGCUCAGACAGCGGUGUUCUUGGGGUUGUUCCUGGAGUGAUUGGCUGCCUCCAAGCUCUAGAGGCUAUAAAGGUUGCAACUGAUGUUGGUGAACCUCUAUGUGGAAGAAUGCUCCUCUUUGAUGCACUAUCUGCUCGUAUUAGAAUUGUUAAGAUACGAGGAAGCUCGCCUGUUUGCACCAUUUGUGGAGAAAAAUCAGUUUUCACGCAAGAGGAAUUUCAGAAGUUUGAUUAUGAGAAGUUCACAGAGUCCCCAAUGUCUGACAAGUCCACACCAAGCUUGAGCCUGCUACCAGACAGUGCUCGCGUCACUUGUACAGAGUACAAAAGGAUGAUCGACAAGGGCGAACCUCAUCUACUGUUGGACGUGCGGCCUGCUCAUCACUUCCAAAUAACUUCACUUCCUCAAUCUCUGAACAUACCGCUCUCCGUUCUGGAGGAGAAGCUGCCACUGCUCGAGAUUUCACUCAAGGAAACAAUGGACACUUCCGCCGCCUCAGAUGAACAGCCGUCCUUGUACGUUGUCUGCAGAAGAGGCAACGACUCUCAGAGCGCUGUCCAGCUUCUCCGUGAGAAGGGGUUUCCUUCCGCGAAGGAUAUAGUUGGUGGCCUGCAAUCCUGGGCACAAGAUGUUGACCCGGACUUCCCAGCCUAUUAGGGACACAGAUGCAGAGAUCGUUGCCAUACAUUUGAGGCUUCAUGGUUGGUUCGUGCUGAAGCUGCCAUACAUUUGAGGCUUCAUGGUUGGUUCAUACUGAAGUUCCCAUCUUUGACAAACAACAGGGUUGAGCUUGAGAUGAUUGUUUCAGACAUCAUUGGUUGUACUCAACUGGAGGCUCAUUUGAGCUAUCUAGUAGAAAUUUGAAUACUUCUUUUAUUACUAUAAAAGAGAGUGGCCUCUCCGAUUUCAUUAAAGGAAA